GCAGGAUAAAAGGCCCUUGAGUGCGAUCUGCAACCGCCCAUCGUUUUCUUCUCAUUCAACCACCGCCAGCUUGACCACCAUGUCUGACACCGAGAAUUUGAAACUCUACGAGAGACCUAGCUCCCGUCCAACCAAAAUUGCCAAUCCUGGUUCCCUUGGUCUGUUCUCCUUCGCAUCGACAACGUUCAUUCUCUCUCUUUACAAUGUGAACGCUCGCCACAUUACUACCCCGAACGUCGUUCUCGGUAUGGCUGUCUUCUGUGGAGGUCUCGCUCAGCUCCUUGCUGGCAUGUGGGAGUUCCCCCGUGGCAACGUGUUUGGAGCGACUGCAUUCACCUCCUAUGGCGCUUUCUGGAUGUCGUUUGCCGUUAUCCUCAUUCCAGGAUUCGGUGUCGGUGCUGCCUAUUCCUCUACUGAGGAGUUUGAGCAGGCCGUCGGGAUCUACUUGAUCACAUGGUUUGUCUUGACAGUCAUGCUUCUGAUCGGUGCGCUCCGUCGUAACCUUAGUUUCAUUGCACUGCUGUUCUUCUUGGCCAUCACUUUCUUGCUUCUUGCUAUCGGUGCCUGGACUGGCAAAACUGCUAUCAACAAAGCAGGUGGCGGAUUUGGUAUCUUGACUGCUUGGAUCGCGUACUACUGCGGCCUCAGCGAACUUCUUGUUAAGGGUGAGAGUUGGUUCACCCUGCCGCUCGGUACUAUCAAGCAGGAGUGAGUUGAUUGAGAUGGGAGCGUUUCCUGUAUGCGGCGUGGUGAUGGCUCGAUUUCCUCGGUGGUUAUUACGUUUUAUGACUAGCCCGCAACAACACACUCGUUUUGAUAUAUAGUUUCUUGAAAUUCCCGUACAUUUAUCCCACCUUCGUACUACCUGUAGUACCCCGUUCAAUCCUCGUAACGUUCUAGCAGCCG